AUGGAGGAGCACAGUUGUAUAUGGAAAGACUGUGGGUUCUGUUCUGUGGAGAGUGCUGAGGAGUUGAAGCGCCACGUCUAUUUCCACUGUUACCACACCAAGCUGAAGCAGUGGGGCCGGGGGGUACUCAAGGCCCAGCCCAGCCUCGGCACCUGCACCAUUGGCCUCCACAACCGCAACAUCGUGCCUGACAUCACAGACAACUUCAUCUGCCAGUGGGACCAAUGUGAGCAACCCUCUCUGGUCAACCCAGAGUGGUUCUACCGCCAUGUGGAGAUGCACAGCAUGUGUAUGGACGUACCCCCUGCUGAGAAUGAGACAUUGGUGUGCUGUGGCUGGAAGGACUGCGACGCCAGGUUUAAAGGGCGGUUUAAGCUGCGGGAGCACCUGCGGAGCCACACUGGGGAGAAGGUGGUGGCUUGCCCAAUCUGUGGAGGGAUGUUUGCCAACAACACCAAGUUCUUUGACCACAUCAGACGGCAGACCACCAUCGAGGGUCAGAGGUUCCAGUGCUCCCACUGCUCCAAGCGCUUUGCAACGGAGAGACUACUGAGGGACCACAUGAGGAAUCAUGUGAACCACUACAACUGUCCAUUGUGUGACAUGACCUGCCCGUCCCCCUCAUCGCUGCGGAACCACGUCAAGUUCCGCCACAGCAACGAGAAGCCUUACAGCUGUGAAUACUGCGAGUACAGCUGUAAAAACCUUAUCGACCUUCGUAAACACCUGGACACCCACAGCAAUGAGCCGGCCUACCGCUGUGACCUCACUAACUGUGACUACACCACACGCUCACUGCACUCCAUCAAGAACCACUACAAGAAAGUACAUGAGGGAGAUUUUGUGGCUCGCUACAAGUGUCAUGUCUGUGAUCAGUGCUUCACUAGGGGAAACAACCUCACUGCCCACCUCCGCAAGAAGCACCAGUUCAAAUGGCCCUCUGGACACCCACGAUUCAGGUAUAAGAAACACGAGGACGGCUUUAUGCGUCUGCAGCUGAUUCGCUAUGAGAGCAUGGAGCUGACAGAGCAACUGAUGAGAGAGAGACCAGAGGGAGAGGACGCUUCCCAGACAGAGAGCUUGGGGCCUGGGGAAGACGAGGAGGAUGCCAGGGCGGUAGCACACUUCACAGACUUACAGGUGGAGAUGAGAGGGGUGCUGUUGGGUGGGGUGUGGGAUCAGGGGGAGGGGGUAUUCUAUGUUCUGACUAGUGGUGACCCGUCUCAGGCAGGGGAGGACACUGUGAUGCUCCAGGACACUGCUCAGCAGCUGGGCAUGCAGGUCGUAUAA